AAAAAGCCGCGUGUUUAACGUUAAACGUUUAACUCGGGCAGUUUCUUGCGGAGCCGCCGCCGCCUCAGGGGCCGUUGGUGCCGCCUCAGGGGCAGUUGGUGCCGCUGGCGCGCGCCGGGCCGGCCCCGCCGCCAUUUUGUCCCCUCGAGGCAGGAUGUGGUGGGGCCGCUUCACGGCCGCCCGGCUGCUCCGGCUGCUGGUCCUGGCGAGCGUCGUGCCCCGGGUGGAGGCCCUGGGGCCCGAGCCUGAGGGUACCGGGGCCGAGUGCGGGGAGCGGCCGCUGCUGGACGGGCCGUCGGGCUCGCGGGUGGUGGGCGGGCAGGACGCGCGGGCGGGCGCCUGGCCCUGGUCCGUCAGCCUGCAGCUGCGCCCGCCCGGCGCCCCGCACACGCACGUCUGCGGAGGGGUGCUGAUCACCGACAGGGCCGUGCUGACCGCCGGACACUGCGUCACGGGCAGGAGGGACCCAUAUUACUGGCGAGCUGUUCUGGGCAUGAACAACCUUUGGAGAUACAGCAAACACGCGGUAAAGAGAAGAAUCCGAAGCAUCACUGUGCAUCCGGAAUUCAAGAGAGAAACGUUUGAAAACGACAUCGCGGUGUUUGAGCUCAGUUACGCCGUCCGCUUCAGCGACUACAUCCAGCCCAUCUGCUUCCCGCCCGCCCACCUGUACCCCCACAUCGCCAACGAAACGCUGUGUUUCAUCAGCGGCUGGGGACGGACGGAAGAGAAAGGUCAAACCUCGUCUGUGUUAAAAGAAGCACAAGUGGAAAUCAUCCCUUCCAGCGUGUGUAACAGCUCGGACGCCUACGGGGGGCUGGUGAACAGCAACAUGCUCUGUGCCGGCUCCCGCACCGGAGGCAUCGACACCUGCCAGGGAGACAGCGGUGGGCCCCUGGCGUGCUACCACCCCGCCACCAACAAGCACUACCUGGUCGGCAUCGCGAGUUUUGGGGUUGGCUGCGGCCGACCAAAGUUUCCUGGGAUCUACGUCCGUCUGUCUCAAUACAGAACAUGGAUUAAUAUGGAACUUCUGAUGAUCAACAAGGCUGCAAAUCCGGCGAGCGCUACACUCACCAUCCUCCUGACUCUGAUACGUGUGCUCUCAGAAGCUGCAGGACUGGUUGGUGAUCCAGAAGGCAGAUGCUCCCUCUGCUGGGUGAACACACAGAGUGUUCGGUUGGCAGCGGCCCAGCUCACUGAAACCCGACAAGGAAAACGAAACCUGCAGAAAAAGGUCGUCUCCACUAAUUAUCUUGAGUGAUGAGCAAAAUUCACGCACAAACAACUUAUUACUCUGACUGCUGAAAGGACCCAUCGGCUAAAACAUCUCUGGGUGCUGUUCCACAGACUAAAAGACCCGAUCCCGCGGCACGUACGCACCCUUGGCCAGAACCACCGCGCCGCUACGUUCAUUACAAAUAAAUCAGGAACAGCGGAAUUAGAUUUUGGCGACUUUAUUUACCAAGGUCAAAAUUUGCAACCAUCUAAUUGUUUCAACAAGUAUUUACAAUUCGUAUAGAGCAGGUACUUGUGUUUGGAAACAACCAGCAGAGCAGAGUUGGCCACCACAUCUCUUACCCUCAGGAUACAGAUUUUAGCCUCUUACAAUCAAGAUUUUGAAAUAAAUCCAAAA